ACCAUGCAGAUCUUUGUGAAAACCUUGACCGGUAAGACCAUCACUCUGGAGGUGGAGCCCAGUGACACCAUUGAGAAUGUCAAAGGGAAGAUCCAGGAAAAAGAGGAUCCCCCUGACCAGCAGAGGUUGAUCUUUGCCGGGAAACAGCUGGAAGAUGGGCGCACCCUGUCUGACUACAACAUCCAGAAGGAGUCCACUCUGCACCUGGUCCUCCGCCUCAGAGGGGGCAUGCAGAUCUUCGUGAAGACCUUGACGGGCAAGACCAUCACUCUGGAGGUGGAGCCCAGUGACACCAUCGAGAAUGUCAAGGCGAAGAUCCAGGACAAAGAGGGCAUCCCUGACCAGCAGAGGUUGAUCUUUGCCGGGAAACAGCUGGAAGAUGGGCGCACCCUGUCUGACUACAACAUCCAGAAGGAAUCCACUCUGCACCUGGUCCUCCGCCUCAGAGGGGGCAUGCAGAUCUUCGUGAAGACCUUGACGGGCAAGACCAUCACCCUGGAGGUGGAGCCCAGUGACACCAUCGAGAAUGUCAAGGCGAAGAUCCAGGACAAAGAGGGCAUCCCGCCUGACCAGCAGAGGUUGAUCUUUGCCGGGAAACAGCUGGAAGAUGGGCGCACCCUGUCUGACUACAACAUCCAGAAGGAGUCCACUCUGCACCUGGUCCUCCGCCUCAGGGGGGGCAUGCAGAUCUUCGUGAAGACCUUGACAGGCAAGACCAUCACCCUGGAGGUGGAGCCCAGUGACACCAUCGAGAAUGUCAAGGCGAAGAUCCAGGACAAAGAGGGCAUCCCCCCUGACCAGCAGAGGUUGAUCUUUGCCGGGAAACAGCUGGAAGAUGGGCGCACCCUGUCUGACUACAACAUCCAGAAGGAGUCCACUCUGCACCUGGUCCUCCGCCUCAGGGGGGGCAUGCAGAUCUUCGUGAAGACCUUGACGGGCAAGACCAUCACCCUGGAGGUGGAGCCCAGUGACACCAUCGAGAAUGUCAAGGCGAAGAUCCAGGACAAAGAGGGCAUCCCCCCUGACCAGCAGAGGUUGAUCUUUGCCGGGAAACAGCUGGAAGAUGGGCGCACCCUGUCUGACUACAACAUCCAGAAGGAGUCCACUCUGCACCUGGUCCUCCGCCUCAGGGGGGGCAUGCAGAUCUUCGUGAAGACCUUGACAGGCAAGACCAUCACCCUGGAGGUGGAGCCCAGUGACACCAUCGAGAAUGUCAAGGCGAAGAUCCAGGACAAAGAGGGCAUCCCGCCUGACCAGCAGAGGUUGAUCUUUGCCGGGAAACAGCUGGAAGAUGGGCGCACCCUGUCUGACUACAACAUCCAGAAGGAGUCCACUCUGCACCUGGUCCUCCGCCUCAGGGGGGGCAUGCAGAUCUUCGUGAAGACCUUGACAGGCAAGACCAUCACCCUGGAGGUGGAGCCCAGUGACACCAUCGAGAAUGUCAAGGCGAAGAUCCAGGACAAAGAGGGCAUCCCGCCUGACCAGCAGAGGUUGAUCUUUGCCGGGAAACAGCUGGAAGAUGGGCGCACCCUGUCUGACUACAACAUCCAGAAGGAGUCCACUCUGCACCUGGUCCUCCGCCUCAGGGGGGGCAUGCAGAUCUUCGUGAAGACCUUGACGGGCAAGACCAUCACCCUGGAGGUGGAGCCCAGUGACACCAUCGAGAAUGUCAAGGCGAAGAUCCAGGACAAAGAGGGCAUCCCCCCUGACCAGCAGAGGUUGAUCUUUGCCGGGAAACAGCUGGAAGAUGGGCGCACCCUGUCUGACUACAACAUCCAGAAGGAGUCCACUCUCCACCUGGUUCUGCGCUUGAGGGGAGGUGUCUAAGUUCCCGCUGUAAGCUUUGACAAAAUGCAUUGCACUUUUCUUUCAAUAAAGUUGUUGCAUUCCCAAA